CGGUGCUCUGUGGCUCCCCUCCCAGAACGAGGCAAAGGCCUCCGGCACGGAGCCGUCCCGCUUGCCCUCCUCGCGCGGGCGAGUCGAGCGGUCGCGUAUGGAAGGCGAUUCAUACAAUGAGUUGUACGGCAUUGAAGAGGACUUCGAGGAGCGGUUUGCGGACGAGUUGGAGGCCUUGGCUGAGCUGGAAGGGCAAGCCACUUCGGUGCUGCCCCGUAAAGUCUCGGAGUUCCGAAGCAGAAAGCGGACAUUUGAAGAAGCUCUUUCUUCUGGGGAUUUACUUAAUGGUUCCACCACUCUGGGUUGCCGGCCAUGCCUAGGAAAACAUCCUCAAGGCCAUGUCCUUGCCGAGGAGGCUGGUGACCACGAAGGGCCACACGGUGAGGGGGCAGAAUGCCUCCGGGCAGAGUCUGCAGAGGACCCGGGGUGUCUCCGGAAGGGCGGUGCUGAUCAGACACCAAAGCCAAAGCGACAGCGGUGUCUCGAAGCCGUGAAGAAGCUGGACUUCGGAAAGAGUUUUGAGGACCUGCUGCAAGAUGGCGGAGCUCUGCCUCUUUCGCUGGGAAUGCCUUUGGAAUUGCAGGAUGUGAGAAAUCCAAAACUUGAGGUCCCAGCCAGCACAGAAGAAGCCGAUGUGUCCCCAGUGCAUCUUGUGCCACCGGAGGAAACGGGCUCUAAGAAAGUUUUGAAGCGCCCACCCAUCCUGGCAGACUAUAUCAAUGUGACCUCCACCAGCGGCAACCGGGUUUUUCUGGUGGUGAAGAAUGCUUGGAUGGAAAGGCAGCUCUUCAACUCGCCUCAGUGCAGCAGGUCAGGAGCACUGCACCUCCUGGGAGUCCCGUUCUCCUGCCUCAAGGAGCAGGUGGCUGAAGAGCGCCGGAGGCAGAUGCUUCAGUCUUCGGAGCACUUGACGGAGUCCCUGGACAGCUCUCCAAAGGAAGAGAACCAGACAGAAGCCACGGUGCCUGGCCUGAAAGAGGAUAGCUGCGGCCAGGCAGAAGAGGACGAGUCGGCUCAGCACUCCCUCUGGGUCGACCAGUUCACGCCACGGCACUACGUGGAACUGCUCAGCGAUGACUACACAAAUCGCUGCCUCUUGAAGUGGCUCAAGCUGUGGGACAAAGUGGUGUUUGGGAAGGAGCCCCCUUCCCGGAAAGCCAAGCUGAGUUCCGAGGCCCACCCAUCCUCCAGGCAUCCCAAAGCGCAGCAGAGCAAAUGGAAAACCAAAGCCCAGUUGGUGGAGGAGGUCCUAGAGGCUGAGCUGGACCAGCACAACCGGCCCAAAUACAGGGUUGCCCUCCUGUGUGGCCCCCCUGGCUUGGGCAAGACCACGUUGGCUCAUGUGGUUGUGAAGCGUGCUGGGUAUAAUGCCGUGGAGAUCAAUGCAAGUGACGACCGCAGCCCGGAGAUCUUCCGGACACGGAUUGAAGCUGCCACCCAGAUGAAAUCGGUGCUGGGAGCCAGUGAAAAGCCCAACUGCCUGGUCAUCGAUGAGAUAGAUGGUGCCCCAGAGGUGUCUAUCAAUGUGCUGUUAAGCAUAAUCAACUGGAAGCCUGGUGAGGCAGAACUGGGAACUGGCGGCACAAAGGCAGCGGGGACGAGGAGGAGGAAGGAGGGCGGUCUUCUCCUGCGGCCAAUCAUCUGCAUUUGCAAUGACCAGUACGUCCCUUCUCUGCGGCUGCUGAGGCAGCAGGCCUUCCUUCUCAACUUCCCCUCGACGUCUCCACCCAGGCUGGUCCAGCGGUUGCACGAGAUCGCCGUCAGGCAGGGCAUGAAAGCCAAUGCGGGGGCCCUCAUGGCCUUGUGUGAGAAGGCAGAGAACGACAUCCGCUCCUGCAUUAACACCCUGCAGUUCCUGCAUGGCCAGGGGAAGAAAGAAUUGACCGUGAGGACAGUCCAGGCUGCUCAGGUUGGCUUAAAAGAUCAAAACAAGGGGCUGUUUUCCAUCUGGCAGGAGAUCUUCCAGCUCCCAAGGAUGCAGAGGCAGAGAAUAGGCAUGGACCCUUCGACCCCAGCCUGCCUCCUCGCUAGGGGGGACACCUCUGGUGCGCAGGCGGGCCGGUCCCUCCUGAAGGCGGCCACCCAGCGGUUCUACCACAUCCUGCACCUCGGUGUGUCCUCUGGAGAGCAUGAAAAGCUCGCCCAGGGCUUGUACGACAACUUCCUGAACAUGAAGAUGAGGGAUUCCAGCUUUGGCUCCGUCUGCCUGGCCUUGGAGUGGCUGGCCUUUGCGGAUCUCCUGAACAGGGCCGUCCUGCACGGCCAGAACUUCCAGCUGCUGCGCUACUUGCCCUUCCUCCUCGCCUGCUUCCACGUGCUCUUCGCAGCCCCCAGUGUUCCCAGGCUCUCCUACCCUAACAGCCAGCAUGAGGCCCUGAAGAAAUUGACCCAGAUGCAGAACCUCGUCGCUUCCAUGGUCUCUGGGGUCGCACCUGCCUCCCGGAGCCGCACCAGCCCCCAGCCUCUCGUGCUUGACGUUCUUUGCCUCCUCUUGGAGAUUAUCUCGCCCAAGCUGAGACCGGUGAACACGCAGCUGUACAGCCAGAAGGAGAAGCAGCAGCUGGCCAACCUGAUCGCCACCAUGCUGGCCUAUAAUCUCACCUACCACCAGCAGCGGACCCCCGACGGGCAGUACAUCUACACGCUGGACCCAAACAUGGAAGAAGUCUGUAGGUUCCCGGAUCUCCCAGCUCGGAAGCCGCUGACCUACCAGGCGAAGCAAUUAAUUGCAAGAGAAAUUGAAACGGAGAAGAUGCGAAGGACGGAAGCCGUGCUUCAGACGCGAGGCGCCGGGCAGAAUGUGGCCGCAGGGGCCCUGCUCUGAAUCCGGUCCUGGGGCUCAGGAGAUUCAGACCGAGGGACCCACAGCUGCACUUGGGGUAAAAAUGAAAGACCAUGGAGUUGUGAGGUACACACACCUGUUUUAUGCACACUCCGGCAUGUUGUGGGGCUGAGCGUCUCGGCCGUUUAUUGCUGAGCCUGCACGCAGUGAAGCUGGGCAAGGCUGUCCACAGAAAGCUGGGGAGGAAGCCAGCUGGCCCGCCGUGGUUUUCCCCGGGAGGCGCUCCUCAACAGCCUUGCAGUCCUUCCGAAGGGAAUGUGAAAACGCGGCCGCCGGCCACCCCACGGGGGGAUCCCAGAGUGGGCUUGCCCGGUGCUGGAGGCCGUGCCUGCAGUUCCCUGGGCAGAACGCGGCACCAUCCUGGCUUCACGGUUGGCUUUGAAGCCACCGAGGGCGGUGCUCCCCGCAAGCGUCGCGCUCUCUCUGGCCCCGCUGCAGAACGGAAGCUGGCCGGCCCGCAGAGUGAGGGCAGCUCCGCAUGAUGCGUCUUCACCUGCGUCACGCCCAGCCCAGCUGCAGGCAAGCUGGGACUUUGCCUCCCAGGAAAUGGCGUGCUGCCUCGCGGCGCCUGGGCUGUCUGGCUCGUUCCCCGCGCGGGGAUCCCUUUGAAUGCCCCUGUGGCAGUCAGAUCCGUUGAACAUUCUGCCGCAACAAAACAAUCUUGCCCAAACAGGUUAACGUCCUGCGACAAUCAGGACAGCUUAUUGUUCUGCGACACACCAAACACUAGCCGGGUUUCAAAGGUUUUAGAAGCUAAACGCUUCCAGCCCAUUUUAGCCUGGUGCCGAAUAGAAUAAAGCGACAGUCUUUGAAAGCAAAAGUGUCGCCUUCGAUUUCCACUGGUUGGGGUGAGGGUUCAGUGCUCUGCUUUGCCCCCUGCCCUUCCCCUUGACUAACAAAGCGGGAUUGUGGUGGCAAAAUUAGGAAAUACACAGGUUUACAUAAUCUGUGCAGGAUGCAGAGUCAAAUUUUUCUUGCUUCUGAGGCUCCUUUUUGAUGGAGAGCAAAGCUGUUCUGCUAGUUGAGCAGGCUUAGAGUGCUGGAUUUGAUUAGCUUUGGGACAGGCCAGCUGGUCAGUGAAGAAAUUAAUCUGAUACAGACGAAAAGGCUGGGGGGGCAGGAGUUAUCGUUUCCCUCCCUUAAUCCUUCCUCGCUGGCUGUUUGCUGUGGCCUGUUCUUCUCUUUUCUCCCAGGCAGCUGAAGUGGGUUCAGUCCAGAA